AUGGUACACAUUUCUGAAAACGCGAACCCUCGCUUGGGACCACUGCGCGCACGCGCGCACCCACUCGCACGGACUCCGAGCCUCCUGCGACCCAGGUUUGAGACCUCAGGGCUCGCGGACGCCUCUCGCCGUCUCGCCUCCGGCCCUGGAGAGAGCAGCGGGGCGCGGGUGGAACCGGGUGACUUCCCGGCGCCUCCGGGAGCCGUCGAUACCAAGCGGGCCAGGCCGCGUCCCAGGGACCGAGGCCACCCCCCGCCCCACAGGGGCUGGUCCUCCCGGGGGCCCCCUUCCCUGCCUCCAGGCAUCGCGCCCUCCUCCGCCCCUGGCAUCUCCAUCCCGCAGGGCCUCCCAGCCGCUCCUUGGGUCGGGGGCCCGGGGCCCGGCCGCCGCAGACUCACCUGGCUGCCUCACAGCCUCUCGCGCUCUGCUGCCCUCGCUCAGAGGGGCACGACAUGUCCCCGCGGAAGCCUGCCCCGCGAGCCGGGGCUGGGCGGGGCGGGGCGGAGCUUGCGGGCCCGCGGGAUUCGCGCCAACACCGUUCUCCACCGCGCUCCCAGCGGGAGAGUUGCCAGCCGGCCGGGCUGCCGACAGCAGAGAGCUGAGGUGACGGGGAGCACGCCGUGGAGCUACGGCCGGGGCUCGGAGACCCGCAGGGGCGCUGGCGGGAAGUGUCGCGAGAGGUGGAUGGACUCCCGCGAGAUGUUAUCCUCGGAACCCGCUGGAAGUCGGCGCGCGGGACCAGUGGGUGUUGCGUGCGGCGUGACCUCCGCUCCGAAGCCGCCUGCGGGUUCUCGGCAUGAGGCAAGGGAAGUCUUUGGAAGGAAGGAACGCGCCCUGAGGCGUUACGGGUGGAAAGCCUGUCAACUCUCGGUGAAAGCAAGGUUCUUCGAGCAAGGAUAAACGAGCCCAGCCUCUUCACUUUAUAGAGAGGAAGACAGACGUCCUGGCCCCCGUGGUACCCCGGCUGACCUGCUAAUGGCCAGGAUGGUGCGAGGACGCUGGCAUGCCACCCACUGCUGAAAAGUUGGGCAGGGAGCUGGCAGCAGCUGCGGCUACCCAGACCUUCGCUUCUGGGUGCUGAGAACACAUACCAUUGGCAUUUGCAAGGGGAAGAUCUCUGGGGCUUUGCCCUUCUCCCUGGCGUUUAUUAGGAUUUCGAGGCUGCCGGAAAGAAAGCUACUGGAGAACAGGCCUGACCAAAAUGAGGGAACACACUAAGAAAGAGAAAGACAUAGAUUGCAUGAAAAAAAGAAUCCAGCAGAAGAGGUAGAGAGAAUCUCCAGGAUGAACAGAAGACACCAGAAUGUAAGUAUGCACCAAGAACACAGCCAUUCUCCCAUCAGAGGGCCCCCAGAGCACAGCUUCUUCAGGAGCCUGAAAUUGACCAAAUGUAUCUGAGCAUCUUAAGAGAAGAUUUAGACAAAUGAUGGUGGGUUUAAGGUCAAAUUAGUGAUAGGUACAUCAGCAAACCAAGUAAGACAAACGAUUCAUUCCAGGGAAAUUCAUUCAUUCACAAUUCCAGGAGUUGUUCAGGAAAAGUAACCAGUUUACUACAUGAAAAAGCUCUGGUCAGCAUUACAUAGUAUAGUAACGAACAACAGAACUACCAUAUAAGUGGCUGGAGAAACUGGAGGGAGGAGGGCUGCAAUGUGUAUAUGGCACAGGCAGAGACCUGACCAGCAUCUUCUACAACAGAAAACAAGAAGAAACA